AUGAGUCAGAAAGUGGUUAAGGAGGGCCCCAGACUCUCCAAGAACCAGAAGUUCUCCGAGCACUUCAGCAUACAUUGCUGCCCGCCGUUCACCUUCCUCAACUCCAAACGCGAGAUCGUGGACCGCAAGUACAGCAUCUGUAAAAGUGGCUGCUUCUAUCAGAAGAAAGAGGAGGACUGGAUCUGCUGUGCCUGCCAGAAGACCAGAACCAGCCGCCGCGCACCGUCCCCUCAGAGGCCCAAGCGCCAGCCAGCUGCACCCCCCGCGGUGGUCAGAGCGCCAGCCAAGCCACGGUCCCCUCCGAGGCCCGAACGUCAGCCACGCCCCCGCCCAGAAGUCCGACCUCCACCGGCCAAGCAGCGGCCCCCUCAGAAGGCCAAGCAGCAGCCGCGCAGCAGCCCCCAGAGAGGGCCAGGCCCCAGCCGUGGGGGGUCCCCCGGCAAAGCUUCUAGAUUGAAAAGGAGGACCAAGCCGACCCCUCGGAAGAAGUGA